AUGAAGACGCUUCGCGAGGUGGCGGCGGAUUUACCCGCCAAGGCAUCGGAGAAGGAGAUCAACAAGACGAGCCACGAACGGUUUAGUCGCGUCCGCCACGAGUCGGUGACGCCGCCGGUAAAGGGCGGAAGCUGGAACUGGCCCAUGGCGGAGCCCAACAGGCCCCUCUCCACGAUGGCAUCGGAGAGCCGAGCGCUGCAAGAGUUGUUCGCGACCGCGCUGUCGCGAUGCGGUGAUCCGAGCCAGGGGCACCGGUGGGCACUGGCUAUCGGGCACGAUGAGUUCAGCCAUGGCGGCAUGUUCAGCGUCGCCGACGGCAGGAAGAACAUGAACCUCUCAUUCGCAUUCCUGGAGCUCGGAGUGCACAACAUUCUCGGUGACAACGCAUUGUUCACACCUGUCGUUGUUCGCCACAGCUGGUUCAAGCUGAUCCAGGGCGGCUUGGGCGCCAUGUUUGGCAAGCACCUGAAGCUGCACCUGCUGUCUCAGACUGGCCUUGCGACGGCAGGCGCCACUAUUACUGUCUUCGGCAGGAACGUUCUCAUCGUCGCGCGCACAGAGUCCAUAAUCGCCGAUCUCGAUGGCCACCGCAUGUCGUUGAACAGCAACGGUGCCAACGGCUUCAAGCCGUGCUUGCGACAUUGCAACAUGCUCAAGAAAAACUCAGGCACGGCUGAGUUGGACCCAGCAAACUUCGUUGAAGUUUCCUAUGCAGAUCCCACGCGGUUCCGAUGGCAGACCAAUGCAGAUGUGUUCGCUGCUGCUGAUCUUGUCAGCGCGGCGCGCGCUCGGUGGACUGCAGGGAUAAUGACAAAGGACCGCUUCGAAAAACUGCAAAUGACGUGCGGGCUCAAGUUCGCGCUUCGCGGCAUCCUGCUGGACCCUGAAUUGCGCCGCAAGGUGGACGCAGUGGGCAGCGCUGUCAUCGAUUGGGUUCACGCAGGAUUGCAAGAUGGAGCAUUCACAAUGGAAGCUUACUUGCUGGUGCAGGCGUGGGAGACGGCGGCCUCGUUCCAAGCUGCGUGCGCGACGCUGGACAUGAUCUGCGCGGCAAAGCAGGGGCGUGUUGGCUCGCGCGAAGGGUCGGCGCAGUUGCGGCGAGCCCACGCCGAGCGCUUUCGACUGCAUGAAGAGGCGCACGGCACAGAGAACAUCCUGCCGAAGCACAGAAUGAUGCAUAGGAUGCGCAGAGCUAGACGGGGCAAUGCCUCCAACCCCACUGCGCCCCACGGGAAACACGGGGCCCCGCGGGCCAGCUCGAUCUGCAGCGCCACGCUAGACGCGCGCCAGCUUUGCUCUGCCAACUGCACCGCGCACCGCUCAUACCUUUGA